AUGGAGGAUCAAUUGAAGAAACUGAUAGAAGGAGACGAAAUGAGAAAAUUCACCGACUAUUUUCAGUACAAGGAAACGAUUGGACAAGGUGCCUUUGGUAUUGUGGUCAGAGCAGUUAAUUUGACUACCCAAUAAGAAGUGGCGAUUAAGGUAUGUUCUGACAAUCUAUACACUUAGAUAAUAAAGAAGAAAUUGGUGAAUCGCUACGACCAAUUGAAAUAGGAAUCUACCAUCUUGGCUAGUUUGAGACACGAGAAUAUUGUGAAGUUCAUAGAUGUCAAGGAAACGGACACUAGGAUUCUAAUCAUUAUGGAACUGAUAUAAGGGGGUAAGUGAAAGCAUAAAAUCAUAGGUUCUCUCGAGGAUUUGAUGUAGAAGUUGCGUAAGAGUGGCAAAUGGUUUACGGAGGAACAAUGCAAAACAAUAAUCAGGCAUAUUUUAUAAGCAUUGACAUAUAUGCAUAAAAACAAUGUGGUGCACAGAGAUCUGAAGCCAGAGAAUAUUCUAGUGAAUGAGGACUUGAGUUGUGUCAAAUUAAGUGAUUUCGGGUUGAGUUCCGUUUAAAAUUAAUUAAUGACUAAGCAAUGCGGCACUCUGAUCUUCAUGGCUCCAGAACUCCUUAUGAAUAAAAUCUAUAGCAAAGUAUUGACUCUGAUUAUCAUUAGAAUGUAGACAUUUGGGGAGUUGGUGUUAUAAUGCAUAUGUUGCUGAAUCAAGGAUAGCACCCAUAUUAUAAGUAAGGGGACACUCUGGAAUAGAUUUUGUAAAAGACCAAAACGAUGCACGAGCAAGUCACUCUUACUUAGUAACCAUUUAAAUUGAUAUAAGAAUUUUAGAUUGUAAUACAGUCUAUUUAAAAAAUUGACUGAAUUGGACCAAACCAAAAGAUACAGGGCCGAUUAGGGACUCCUUCAUCCUUGGUUGAAUGACUAGAGUGAUGUUGAGGUGCCCUAGACGAUGGAGGAAAUCUUCCACACUUGGAUUCAGUAAUAGAAGCUUCUGAAUCUCAUCAAAUCAGUAAUGUGUUUAUCGAAAUUGGGAUACAUGAAGAAAAUAGAGAACAGAGAGGUCUGCAAUCAGUAUUCAGAGGAAAAGUCCAAAUUGAGGGAGGAUAAGAAUAAGAAGGAAGGGAAGCUUACCAUCAAUAAGGAGUUUUAUGAUGAGUUGUUUGAGGAUUAUCAGAAGACCUUGACUGAACAAUAGAAGAGAUUAGUUUCAACAAGUAAAUUCAAAUAAAAUAUCGAUAGCUCAAAAAGGUGAGAGUGAUAAAUACAUUAAAUAAUAGGUCUAGAGUCAAUAAUUAUCAACUGUCUAGGCUAAAUUGUAAUUCAUAAUUCGAACAAGAUAACCUUCCACGAGUUCGAAAAAUUUGGAAGAACCCAUCAAUGAUCUUGAGAAUGAGGAACUCAAAUUAGAGAUGAAUGAAUCACAGACUGAUAUGCUUGCACCCGAAAAUGGGUUGUAACAUGAUACCAGUAUUUUUGAGAAAUCAGAUCACAACAUCUCUCUCAAAAUCAAUCCCAAUGUGAAAUCUCCAAAAAAGAAAAGAAAAUCACCACUCAAAACAUAAACCAAAUUGUACUUCUAAAAAAAUGAUAGUCUUAACAACUCUCAACAAGGAAUCAAAGAAAAACCCAACAAUUCCCAGGCCUCCAGUCCCAUCAAAGUUAUUAAUAAUAGUUUAGUUAAUGGCAACAAUACGACGAAACACUAAAUCAAACUGAAACCAUUGCUGAAUUAAACCGAUCCUCCCAAAGAAAUAGUCACGAACAAUACAAUCCUCAAUCCUAAUCCAAUCACUUAUGAAACUAACUUUCGAUCAGCUAUUAGACCCAUGAGAUAGGUUUAUGUCCCAAGAUUGUCCAGACUCAGCGUGGAUAGAGACUCAGUCUAACCAGCAGUUUUGGAUCUCUCUAGCAUGGCCAUGGGUGGAUUUAGUCCUGUUCAUAGCAAUCAAUUUUUAUUCCCUGCAAAAAUCCAAAAUUAUUGUUCUUAGAAGAGAGCAUAUCAAAAUGAGUUUCAUCCUUCGAAAGUGCUAACAUCUUUGGUAUCGAAAAAAUCAAAUGAUCAUUAUAAUUUUAUUAAUGGUGGGCCUAAAUGA